GCGAGUGAAGAGGAAAGAGUACCUUUCUUUGGAAAUGCCAGAACCAAAGAGUUUGAGAGACUUACUGCAACAAUGAAAGAACAAAACGCUGCAGCAGAGAACACAGAAACAGCGAGUGAAGAGGAAAGAGAAGCUUUCUUUGGAAAUGCCAGAACCAAAGAGAUUGAGAGACUUACUGCAACAAUGAAAGAACAAAAUGCUGAAGCAGAGAACACAGGAACAGCGAGUGAAGAGGAAAGAAAAGCUUUCUUUGAAAAUGCCAGAGCCAAAGAGUUUGAGAGACUAACUGCAACAAUGACAGAACAAAAUGCUGAAGCAGAAAACACAGAAACAGCAAGUGAAGAGGAAAGAAGUGCUUUCUUUGGAAAUGCCAGAACAAAAGAGUUUGAGAGACUUACUGCAACAAUGAAAGAACAAAAUGCUGAAGCAGAGAACACAGAAACAGCGAGUGAAGAGGAAAGAAUUGCUUUCUUCGGAAAUGCAAGAACCAAAGAGUUUGAAAGACUUACUGCAACAAUGAAAGAACAAAAUACUGAAGCAGAGAACACAGAAACAGCGAGUGAUGAGGAAAUAAUUGCUUUCUUUGGAGAAGCCAGACUUAAAGAGCUUGAUAGACUUACGUCAACACUGAACACACAAGUCGACAAAGUAGAGAAUCGGGACGUUCAAGUCAAACCAAAGAUAAUUAUUACAGAGGAGAUUUUGAACAAUCAGAUAAAAACAAAGACACAAACAGGAGAAACAGCUAGUGAGAAGGACCGUGAAUCGUUCUUCCAAUCGGUUUUGGAUGCAGAGCGACAAAAACUUGUUGACGCAUUCGAAAGAGAGAAAAAAUGGAAAGAAGAAAGAGACGAGAGACGAGAGAAAAAAAGACAGGAACAGAUCAGAAAGAUGUUUGAGGAGUUUCAUAAACCAACAGUCUGUCCAUUAUCGACCUCAUAUGAACCAGUUCCAUCAAAAGAGCAGUACCAUCUGUAUCCAAGCAGUAGCAAUACUGAAUACAACAUAAUGCUGAAAUCCUCAGUCUCCAAACUUCACGAAAGAGUGAAAGCUUUCACCGAAGAACAAAAAGAUCUCCAGCGAAAACUUGAACUAUCACAUGCCAUAAAAUCCAGAGCUGAUACAGAUGAAAAUAAAGAAAAAAGACCCAUCAGCAUAAGAACAAGAAGUGAUGGAGAAAUACUUAAGACCGACAGAACUAAUGACGUAAAGAGAACAGGCUCUGUCAGACGAUUUGUAAGCAGGAUAUUUAAGAGAAGCAAAUCAACGACAACUGAUUUAAGUUCUAAGCCGGUAGACCCAGAAGAAUUAAAGCUAGAUCUAUUAUUGUUGGACGUGAACAAAGAGAAAGACCGUGAAGAGGAAGACCAACCAGAUACUGCAAGAACAUCAAACAGUGAAUGGUACACACUCAGUGAUACUGAAGAACCACCCAGACCAAGACUUAAGCCAUUUUUUACUCCACAAAAAGAAACACAUGAGACAACAAUAUCAAAGUCCACAAGUCAUAAAGUUGCUGAAUCAAUGAACCAGUUUCUGCUCAAUGAAACAACCAAAUCAGAUCCGACUGAAAUACCAGUUCACAGAGGUUCUAUCGGUAGAUUUCAGCGUUUUAAGAAACAGUUUAAACGACUUUUCUGCUGCUGCUGUAGCCAUAAUAUUGAAGACAGGGAUACAGUUUGUUCUUGAUUAUUAUGAGAUUUUGAUUUUUUUUGUUCACUUAUUUAUUUGUUCAUCUUUUCUUUUGU